UAUAGGAUAUGUAUUUAAGACAAUGAAGCCUUAACAAUCUCCAAAGAAGUUUGUCGUUUCUAUUUUCUAUCUUCAUAAUUAUGAUGGCCAUCCUUAUAAUCAUUCUAUUAUUGCUUCCGUGUUGCUCCUCUAGUACUGCAGCAAUUCAUUAUGGUACUAGAGAAGCAGAGGCCCUUCUCAAAUGGAAGCAGAGCCUUCAGAAUUCAACUUCUCAUUCUCUUCUUCCUUCAUGGAAGCUUUAUAAUUCAAACUCUUCAAGGAGAGACAUUAAUGGCAGUCCUUGCAAAUGGAUUGGCAUCGCUUGUAAUGAAGCAGGAAAUGUCACUCAUAUAAGCCUCCCAAAUAGUAAUCUUCAAGGUACGCUUGAAAACUUGAACUUCUCUUACUUUCCCAACUUAGACACCCUUGUUCUGUAUAACAACUUGCUUUAUGGAAGUAUCCCUUCCCACAUGGGUAACCUUUCCAAACUCACCUAUCUUAACUUGGGUAAAAAUCUUCUCUCUGGAAAUAUUCCAUCCCAAAUUGGCCUUUUAACAAGCUUACAAUACCUUUAUUUGAAUUCCAAUGAUUUAAAUGGGUCUAUACCUCAAGAAAUAGGUAUGUUGGUGUCUCUCGAGGAGUUUUCUGCGUACAACAAUAGUCUCUUAGGUUCAAUUCCUGCAUCCAUUGGAAACCUGAGCAAGUUAAUCUUUUUUAGCCUUGGCAAAAAUAAACUUUCUGGAUUCAUCCCUGAAGAAGUAGGGCAUAUUUUACCAUUAGGUAUUCUAGAUUUGAACGAAAACAAUCUCACAGGCUCAAACCCUACAUCUAUUGGGAACCUCAAAAACUUAACCAGUCUAUCCCUAUAUGGAAACCAACUUUCUGGCUCUAUCCCUUUUGCAUUAGGAAACUUGACGAAGCUGGAGGAAUUGGAGCUAGGAAAUAAUACAUUUUCUGGCCCUAUUCCUCCAGAAGUUGGAAAACUUAGAUCCCUUGUAUAUCUAAGCUUUUUCAAGAACAAUUUCUAUGGAUCAAUUCCAUUAGAACUGGACAAUCUUACAAAUUUGGAGUACUACCAAUUGGAUGAAAAUUCUAUGUCUGGAUACCUAUCAGAAAAUGUUUGCCUUGGUGGGAAACUUCUAGAGUUCUAUGCAAAUGACAAUAACUUCACAGGUCCAGUUCCAAAAAGCUUAAGAAAUUGCACUAGCUUGGUCAGACUGGAGCUAGAAGUAAAUCAGCUUACAGGAAAUAUAUCAGAAGUGUUUGGAAUGUACCCAAACUUGUAUUAUAUGGAUUUGAGUAGCAACAAGUUUUUUGGUGAGGUUUCUGCGAAAUGGGGGAAAUGCAGUAAUCUUUCUCUGCUGAAUAUCUCCAGAAAUGAAAUUUCUGGCAGGCUAGCUUUUGAACUCGGGAAAGCUACUGAAUUGCGCGUACUUGACCUCUCAUUCAAUCAUCUUGUAGGGAUGAUUCCAAAAGAACUUGGGCAACUGAAAUUGUUGUUCAAACUCAAAUUGAACAACAAUAGUCUUUCAAGCAAAGUUCCUGCAGAGAUUGGAAUGUUAUCUGAACUUAGAUAUCUUGAUCUUUCAGCAAACAAUCUGAGUGGACCAGUUCCUAAAGAUUUAGAAAAAUGUUCCAAGCUAACAGACUUGAACUUGAGAAACAACAAAUUUGGCAAGUCUGUUCCAUUGCAGAUUGGAAACUUAGGCUCUCUUCAAAAUCUUGAUAUAAGUUACAAUUUGCUUGGAGGAAAAUUGCCUUUAGAGCUUGGUAAUCUACACAAUUUAGAAACAUUAGAACUCUCUCACAACAAUUUUUCGGGAUCCAUUCCAUCCUCAUUUGAAGAGAUGUUGAGCUUGAUAUUUGUAGAUAUGUCAUACAAUCAUUUGGAAGGUCCACUUCCAAAAAUCAAAGCCUUUUCCACGGCAGAAUUGGGAAACAAUAAAGGUUUAUGUGGCAACAAUACUGGCCUGAAACCGUGCCCUAUAAAGGGAAAGAAAGAUAGCACUGGAACUGUAGUCUUAAUUAUAAUCACUAUCUUGGGCAUUCUGUUUUUAUUGUUUGUCAUUGUUGGCAUACUUUUAAUCUUCCGAAAGAGAGAGAUGGCCAAGGAUGAGCCAAGAGAAGAAGAACCAACUCAAACUUACUUUGCAACAUGGAACCAUGAUGGGAAAAAAGUGCAUGAAGAAAUAGUUAAAGCCACAGAGAACUUUAACUCCAAAUAUUGCAUUGGAAUUGGAGGAUAUGGGAGUGUCUACAAGGCACAAUUGUCAACUAGCCAAGUUAUUGCUGUGAAGAAAUUCCACGACAAAUGUGGAAUGGAUGGUGGAGAAGCUUUUACAAGCGAGAUCAGAGCAUUGACAAGAGUACGCCAUCGAAAUAUCAUUAAGCUUCACGGGUUCUGUUUGCAUGCAAGAUACUCAUUUUUGGUGUAUGAAUUCAUGGAAAAGGGAAGCUUAGCAGACAUAUUAAGAAAUGAAGAGAAGGCAUUGGAGUUGGGAUGGAGAAAGAGAGUGAAUGUUGUGAAAGGUUUAGCCAAUGCAUUAAGUUACAUGCACCAUGAAUGCUCAUACGCUAUGAUUCAUAGAGAUAUAUCAACCAACAAUGUCUUGCUUGAUGAAGAAUAUGAAGCCCACAUCUCAGACUUCGGAAUGGCUAGAAUUUUAGAGCCUGGUUCAUCAGAUUUGUCUUCCUUUGCUGGAACAUUUGGAUAUGCCGCCCCUGAGCUUGCUUACACAAUGCAAGCAAACCAAAAAAGUGAUGUGUACAGCUUCGGAGUUGUAACAUUGGAAGUGAUCACGGGAAAGCAUCCUGGAAAUCUCAUUUCUACCAUCUUGACACCGUCAUUACCAGAAAAUUUCCAUCAAAUUUUUCUCAAAGACAUAAUGGACCAGCGUCUCCCACCUCCGACGCAGCAGGUAGCAGAAGAAAUUGUCUCCAUUGCGAAGCUAGCAUUCACAUGUCUGCAUCCAAUUCCACAGUCCCGGCCACAUAUGAAGCAAGUUUCUCGAAAGCUAUCUACUUCAUUACCAUGCUUGUUGAAGCCAUUCCAUAAUAUAACAUUAGCUCAACUUUUAGAUUCCACAAAUGUAAUAUUUUAGUAUCCUUGUAUACAAAAUGUACUAUCCUGUGAGAGCCUGCAUUUUGGUCCUCUUCGAGCAUUUUCUUUUCCUCUUUCUAUCAUGUAAUGUUCCCAUAUUUUGUUGAUUUGUUCCUUUGGAAUCCACAAGUUUAACAAAACUGGUUUCUAGUUAUCCAAACAAGUCACAAGCCACGUUAAAAGAGUAAAAACAGGACAAAAAUAGAGCAUUGACUUGGCAAUUACAUACUUCCAGGUUGAUGGUCAUACAUCCAAACAAUAUUGUAUAUUCUAAUUUUUUUAUUUUGGACU